GGGUACAGAUGCAAUUUUUCCCAAAGGUGGAAGGAGGAGGAGGAGGAGGAGGAGGAGGAGGAAAGGAGGAGAGGAGGGGAGGGGGGGAGGAGGAGAGGAGGAGAGGAGGAGAGGAGGAGAGAAUGGCAAGAGGAGGAGGAGGAGGAGAGGAGGAGAGAAUGGCAAGAGGAGGAGGAGGAGGAGGAGAGCUUAGGAGACAAGAAGGACGUGCAGGCAAGCUCUAGAAACAAGGAGGCGAGGAGGAGGGGAUGAGGAGAAAAGAGGAAACGACAAGAGUAGGACGAUACUGCAAAAG